CGAAAUAAAGAUGGCUCAGAGAUCGGAGGAGGAGGAAGAGAACGUCGGUCUGAGAAGCAGACGGAGCGGGAUACGCUCUGUAGCUGCCCGCGAGAGGGAGGAGAAGGUCCGGGCCGUGCAGGAAACCUUACUUCAGAGCUUGGGCAGCUACGAGCCUGUAAUCGGCUACCUGCAGGCUGUGUUGGUGUGGGAGAGACCGAGGCACAGCGCCCUGCUUCACCUGGGCCUUAAUGCUGCCUUCUGGUUUUUUGCCCUGACCUCACUUAGGAUUAUAUUUUUGGCUGCUUUUGGAUUGAUGAUGAUAAUUUGCGUGGAUCAGUGGAAAAACAAAAUUUGGCCAGAACUUGGAGCUGCAAGACCCAAUGAACUGGAUAACGAAAGCUGGGGCUUUGUUCAUCCAAGGCUUCUCAGUGUUCCGGAGUUGUGCUAUUACGCUGCAGAUGCCUGGGUCACCCUUACCAACUUUUUACAAAACCUCCAUCUCUUCAAGACUGAAAACCCGGGCAAGUUCUGUCUACUAGUCUGCGGCUUCCUUACUUUCCUGGCAGUUCUUGGUGGAUACAUUCCUGGCCUUGUGCUGUCAUACCUGCUGUUAUUAUUUAUCCUGCUAUGGCCUCUAGCCAUAUAUCAUCGCCUGGGACAACGUGCUUACCAGAAGUUGGAGCCAGCCCUGCGGAGGCUGGAUUUCAGUGUCCGUGGUUAUAUGAUGGCCAAACAGAAAGAGAGACAAAUACAUGGCCGUGCACUUCCCUCCAAUGAAGCAAGUGACAGUGAAGAGGAGCUUGCUGCAUUUUGUCCAAUGUUGGAUGAUUCAGUAGUUGCAAAAGAACUAGCUAUUUCCGAUUCUGAACAUUCAGAUGCUGAUGUUUCUUACACAGAAAAUGGGACAUUCAACCUAUCCAGGGGUCAAACGCCUCUUACAGAAGGCUCUGAAGAUCUGGAUCGUCAUAGUGACCCUGAAGAAUCAUUUGCUCGAGAUCUCCCUGACUUUCCAUCCAUCAACCCAGAAGCAUUGGGAAUAGAUGAUGAAGAUGACACAAGCAUUGGCCUACCAAGUUCAGUAAACCUUCCACGACUUUCUUCCAAUAAACUGUAUGAUGAGCAGGAGUCAGAGACAGUGAUGUCUUUGAGCAGCUUCCCUGGGGCUCAACAGAUCACAGACAACAUUGCCGGUUUGGUCACUAGAGGUAUGAUACAGUUGGCGUUGUCUGGUGCCAGCCAACAAAGUUCCUCCUUUCUGGAAAAUCCUAGAGCCAAAACAUAUCAGAGAAACUCUAGCUCCGAGAUGGAUACUGAUGCAGAAGCUGAUGACUUUGAAUUAUUGGACCAAUCUGAACUGAACCAGAUGGACCCAGCCAGCCACCGUGGCCAUCAGUGAUUUAAGACCAACAUGAAAGGGAGCGUGCCUACCACCUCCUGAUUAUACUGAACACACAGAAAAUUUUGAAAUUAUGACAUCAUAGACAUAUAGUCUUCAAGCUGUCUUCUUGGUGUGCUCCAUUUUGAGGUUUUAAUUUGUUAAUGCAGACAAACCUACGCAGCCAUUUUGAGACUGUGAAGUCUGAAACCGUACAUUUAGUAAAUCUAGAUUGAAAGAUGCAGUAUUUGAACCCUACUGGACCAUGAACUAGAUGCAAUAGUGUUUCUUUAAACUAUCUGGAUCACAUGCUCAGCUACUUCCAGUUUGUAAUUUCUAGUGUGUUAGUAGUUAAUAUGUGGUGCCUGAUGACUUUCAGAUGGAGGAAGGUGUCUACACUGAGUUAUUUCUCUUUUCUAUCUUCUCCAAGGUAGAUUUUUACUUAUGGGUCUAGCACUUACUGAAAAAUUACAAUUUAAUGUGUUAGUCUUCCCAGGAAUUGUUACCUAAGUAGCAGAUUAUUGGCCUUGAGAACUUUGGUAGUACUCCACUGUGUAUGGGAAUAUUCUUUGUGUGUAAAUGGCAAGUGAAACAUUUCUUUUUAUGGCGAAAAGAUAUUCUGUUUUGUGGUCUCCCUCCCUGGAUUACCUAUUUUUCCUACCCCCAACAAAAAGCACUUUUAAUUUUUGAAUACAUUUUGAUUUAUGUUUA